AACUCCCACACCCCUUCUUCUCCUCCUCCUCCUCUUCCCUCCCUCCUUAAAUCACCCCUAUCCUUUGUGGAAAAAACUGGAGGCAUCCGUCGUCAAGAGUUCAGUCUGUGCGAGAAGCCGGCUUUUCAAACUUGGCCCGCCCGGCGUGCAACUUUGGGAAGUAAGGUGGCACGUCGAUUUUGUCAGCAGCAGGGAGGGCAAAAAAGGAGAAGACCGAGAUGAAUCCCAGACGCUCGCCGAAAUCACAACACAGCGCACACGUCAAACCCUAACUGCAGGACGUGCCACUUCAUUGCUCAGAAAAAAGGCGGGCCUGGGGGGCCUUGGAGGAGGGGGAGCGUGAGUAGCUGUCCAUCAAUCCACCAAAACAGCAAUGCGGGGUCUGAUGUGGAGCCUGUGCGCUCUACUCUGCCUCUCCCUGUGGGAGGGAAGUUCCUGCGGGAACUCCAGGGAAACCCGGACGACCAAAGAGACGUCUUUUCACAGAAGUAAAAGAGCUCCCGCGGAUCCCGAUGCCAAAAAGUGCUCCUACACCUUCCUAGUUCCUGAGCAGAAAAUUACAGGUCCGAUCUGUGCUAGCUCCACCGGCCCCGAGCCAGACAAGGACAGAGUGACCCGCAUGGACCUUGCGGACGUGCGGGAGGUUCUGAGCAAACAGCGGCGUGAGAUCGACACGCUGCAGCUGGUGGUGGACGUGGACGGCAACCUGGUGAACGAGAUGAAGCUGCUGAGGAAAGAGAGCAGGAACAUGAACUCCAGGGUGACCCAGCUUUACAUGCAGCUGCUGCAUGAGAUCAUAAGGAAGCGGGACAACUCCCUGGAGCUGGCCCAACUGGAGAACCGCGUCCUUAACGUGACCUCCGAGAUGGUACGGCUCAACUCCAGGUACAGGGAGCUGGAGGUCCGCUUCGCCACCAUGGCCGGGGUGGUCAACAACCAGUCCGUUCUCAUCUCGGCUCUGGAGGAGCGAUGCCUGAGACCGGCGGGGCGCGGCGAUAUGCCCGCCGUGCCGCCGCUGGUUCAGGUGGUGCCGCAGACGAUACCCAUCAACAACCGCUUCACUAAUGAAAUCCAGCGGGACCACAACAAGAGGGCGUUUUCGCGAGGGUCGCGAACAAACUCGCCCACUCAGAGCCCGUUUGGAAUGGAAACUCCCCCGCCGCAGGGGACUCUCACAUCUGACGGUCCAUUCAAGGACUGUUUCCAGGUACGGAAAGCCGGUCACACCACCAGCGGGAUGUACCUGCUCAAGACCGAUGGCAGCGAGCGGCUCAUCCAAGUUUGGUGCGAGCACGGCCUCGACAACGGCGGCUGGACCGUGUUGCAGAGGCGGCGAGACGGCUCGGUUAAUUUCUUCCGCAACUGGGAGAACUACAAGAGAGGCUUUGGCAACAUUGACGGCGAACACUGGCUCGGGCUGGAGAACAUCUACAACCUGGCCAAGCAGGGCGACUACAAACUGAUGGUGGAGCUGGAGGACUGGAACGGCAAGAAGGUCUACGCCGAGUACGGAAGCUUCCGCCUGGAGUCGGAGAGCGAGGGCUACCGCCUGAGGUUGGGCGCCUACCAGGGCAACGCCGGCGACUCCUUCGCCAGCCACAACGGCAAACAGUUCACCACGCUGGACCGAGACAAGGACGCCUUCUCAGGCAACUGCGCCCACUUCCACAAGGGCGGCUGGUGGUACAACGCGUGUGGCCAGACCAACUUGAACGGCGUGUGGUACAGUGGCGGAGUUUACCGCAGCAAGUUUCAAGACGGCAUCUUCUGGGCCGAAUACGGAGGGGGGUUCUACUCGCUCAAGUCCGUGUGCCUGAUGAUCCGACCCAUCGACUAGGACCUCGCCGCAUCGGCUCAACUCAGCCUUAUUUCACACGGCCCAAAAAUAUUCCUGACUAGACACUGAACAGGUACGAGGAGGACUAAACGACGGCAUUCGCGAGGAUCGAUGGACUCCGAGGAGCUCUAAUGCCCAAAUGAAUUGAAACAGUCUUGAACCUCAAGUCAGGGAAAAAAAAAAAUCUGAAUUGUCUCCCUUGAGCAAUUCCAGCAUGAAUCCAGCCUGGGAAUAGUCUGUAUUUUGUUUAUAUGGAAGGCUAAAGAAUAAACUUGUUUCAUACUUUUCCAGGGUCACACGACAUUUUUUAGGAAUUCCUGGCACUGAAAUGUGCAGGCGUAUAAAUACUCAGGCCAAAAUGUUCACAAAGCCACUUUCUAUUAUAUCAGCGGGUAUUUAUGGUCAACGCAGUUUUCUCUAUUGAUAUUUUGCCCAGUAUUGUCAUUUGUCAACUGGAAAUAUUUAUGCAUACUGCCACAAAACCACUCAAGCCCUAAUUUGGAAAUGCAAAAAAAAAUAA